AUGGGGGCGCUGGGGGAGUGUUGCCUCGGUGGGAAGCCGGGGUGCCAUGGGAUGGAGCAGAUGCUGCUUGUGGGUGGAGAAGAAGAGGAGAUUAGACUUGGACCGGAGUUGGAAUGCGGCGGCGGCAUCGAGGACGCCGUGAAGGUCCUGCUGGAGGGCCUGGGGGAGGAUCCUGACAGAGACGGGCUCAAGAAGACUCCGCUCCGUGUGGCCAAGGCGCUCCGGGAUGGAACCAGAGGUACGUUCUUUUCUUCUCUCUUUCAAUUUCUCUUCUUCCUCUUCCACCCCCCCUUUUUCUUCCUCUUCUUCCACUCCUCCUUGUACUUCUUUGUUAGGGAUAUAGGUAUUAUAUGCAAUUUAGAGGACCCAGUUCGAAUUCAUAUGGUGUUUGGUGGGUGACGGUGAUGCUGGAUUAGCAGAUGCUGACGGCUAGUUUCUGUUCCAUGAUUCAUAUAUACAUCGCAGCUCUAGAAAUCUGAUCUCAAGGCUAUUUUCUGUAUCGAUAUGUCGCAUAUCCGAUUCUAUUUUGUGCUAUGGAGUUCGAACCUCAAAUUCCUGGCCUCUCUUACUAUGAAUUGCAGGAUGGCACUGACACGCUUAGUAGUCACUAAUUUCUCCCUUUUGUGCACAGAAGAAUCAUCCACGUCGAUGCGCAUUUGAUCAGUUCAAAAGUUGAUGAACUAAAUAGGUUUGGUAAAUUUUUCUUAAAAGCUAAGCAAAAAUAAAGAUAGAUAUUAGACGGCCAACUUGACAUUUCAGAAUCAAUUUUCACUUGAAACCUUUUUUUACCUUUUCUGGUUUUGAAUUUCAUCUGUGGAUUUAAACAAUAAUCCGAAGUUUCCGUCUAUAUGGUGAAGUCAAACGUUCCAUAUGAAAUGGAGUUAUAAGAAAAGACUUGUAGGAACCGAAGGGUUCUCUACAAAUCACCUAUGAUUGCUAAAUAUAGUAAUGAACAGCGAAAGUCGAUGCCGCCUACCUUUCUGUGUACCUAAUCCUUGAUCUACAAUUCCCAUGAAUAUCCACAAACCGAUGAAAAUAGAAGUUCAUUAGCGUUUGAUUCUUUUACCUGGGGAGAUCAUGCCUCUGAACAAUUUAUGUGCUCAUUUAUUGCGGGGCACAAUGGUUUCUUGAUUUAUAUGCUUUUGAAAUCUACCUUCUUGCCAAAAAAGAUGAUAAUAAUAAUUCCGAAAAUCAAUAUAGGCUUAAAUUUUAUUUUUCUGUAGCAGAUCAUCAUUUAGAAGCUACUUCAUUCCUCAUCUUCGACCUCCAAUUAGAAACGGCGUUCAUAGCAGAAAUUAUUUUCUUGCAGGAUACAAGCAAAGUGUUCAUGAUAUCGUUGAAGGAGCUCUGUUUUUAGAAGCUGGUAUGAGUAAUAGAGUGGACCGUGCCAGAGGAGGAGGUGGGCUUGUAGUUGUUCGGGACAUUGGUCUCUUCUCAUACUGUGAGUCUUGCUUGCUUCCAUUCAGGGUCCAGUGCCACGUCGGCUAUAUACCUUCUGGGCAACACGUGGUUGGGCUUAGCAAGCUCGCUCGAGUAGCCGAUGUCUUCGCCAAGAGACUGCAGGAUCCCCAGAGACUGGCCGACGAUAUCUGCUCGGCUUUGCAGAGCAGCAUCAAACCCUUGGGAGUCGCAGUUUCUCUUCAGUGCUGGCACAUCCACCUUCCAGAAUUAGGCAGGAAGAAUCCCUGCCAGAGGCACACCUCCUCUCGAUCGAAUAUGCAGGGCUGGCACGAGCUCGACGUCUGCUCCUAUUCGGGCAUCUUCGAAGACGAGGGCGGCGACCCAUGGAUCGAGUUUGCCGCUGUUUUGAAGUUUGGGGGAGUAAAUGUGGGGAGGGUGGAGGAGGAGAAGGAGAAGGAGAAGCCUUCCCCUCUCCAGAACUGGUGCCCAUUAAAGUCCCCCGAGAUGGUCCAGUGCAUCGGCAAGGCCUCUUCGAAGCUGGUGGGAACUCUGCCAGAUGCCAUGGUGGCUGCUGUGACCUCCAUCCUCACCUCGUUGGGUGAGGACCCGCUCAGGGAGGAGCUGGUGGGCACUCCCCAGCGCUUCGUCCGGUGGCUGAUGACCUUCAGGAGGGCCAGCUUCGAGUUGAAGCUGAACAGCAACUUCCAUCUUGGGCAAUUGGGUCUGUAUUCUGCCAAAAACAGUGGAGGAGACAUCAUCGGCAGCCGCAGUAAAGGUGAGAUAGUCCACUCCGAGCUGAGCCUACCCUUCUGCUCUCAGUGCGAGCAUCACCUCUUGCCCUUCUAUGGAGUCGCCCACAUUGGCUACUUGGCGCCACCAGAGUCGAAGAUUAUCGACCGAUCCUUACUGCAUUCAGUGGUUCUCUUCUACGGCUGUAAGCUCCAGGUGCAGGAGCGUCUUACCAGGCAGAUCACAGAGACGGUCUUCUCCAUCUUCUGUGGCGGGGUGAUGGUGGUUGUGGAGGCUGAUCACGUCUGCAUGGUUUCCAGAGGGAUAGAGAAGAUGGGCAGCAGCACCGCCACCACCGCCGCCAUGGGGCAGUUCGCCGCCAACCUCGAAGCGAAGACUAUGUUCCUUCAGACCAUAGCGUGCAGCAGAGCAGCUGGAGGGUGA